CCCAUCGUCGUGUUUGAGGAGAAAUCAACUGAGGAAUCUAUUGAUGCGAAAAUCUUGAUCGACCCCAAACAUAUCUGCUUGGAAAUAUCUGCGGCACUAGAGGGCACUUGUUGUGACGUCAUCUUUACAUAUGGAGGCCAAUCGCACCUGAGAUCAGAUGUGACAAAAUAAGUGGCGAGCACAACACAGACUACUGAAGAUCCAGCUGUGAUCAUCAGUAUGUAGGGCGUCUAGAAAAGACAUACAUGAGUCUAGCCACCUGGAAGGACCCUCAAGUUAGUAUCUGGAUCACCAAACUGGAACAGAUGUAUACCAUAGCCAGUACUACAGUAUGCCAAUACAGCAAAUAGCAGUUAGACCACUCGGAGUUAUGAAAGACAGGAAAAACAAUGUAUCUGGCCCCAACAAGGGGAAAGAGAGCACUCGGGAAACAAUGCAUGCAGAUGCAGUGACGACACGUGGAACUGAGCGAUGUGAGUCACAGCUUUCAACAACCUCAGCCGGCAUGGAUAUCUGUCGAAUAUGCCACUGUGAAGCCGAGCCCAACAACCCGCUUAUCUCCCCUUGCCUCUGUUCAGGCAGCCUCAAAUUUGUCCACUCGUCAUGUUUACAAAAGUGGAUCAAAAGCUCAGAGAAAAAUGUCUGUGAACUUUGUAAGUUCCAGUACAUCAUGACAACGAAGACCAAACCAUUCAAAGAGUGGGAGAGGCUUGAUAUGUCAUCAGCAGAAAGGAGGAAAAUCAUCUGCUCAGUCACAUUCCACAUGAUAGCCAUCACAUGUGUCAUUUGGUCUUUGUACGUCCUCAUUGACCGCACCACAGAAGAAGUGGCCAAUGGCAAUCUGAACUGGCCAUUCUGGACCAAACUGAUAGUGGUCGCUAUUGGCUUCACUGGUGGACUUGUCUUUAUGUAUGUACAGUGUAAGAUGUAUGUACAGUUGUGUCUAAGAUGGAGGACCUUCAACCGUGUCAUCCAUAUUGAAAAUGCUCCUGAAGAUGAAGAAGUUCGAGCUCAGCUCGCAGCACGGAUCAAGGAAAGUACAUCGGAGCAGGAAGAAGGUGGGCUCACUAAUACUGCAGCCUUCAAUGAUUUGGAGAUGUUUUGAGGGUGUUGCGACCUUUGGGUCCUACUUUGAAAGACGGACAUGCUCAGUGAAGCCCUUUGGAUCAUUACUGGAAUUGAUCAUUCUCACACGGGUCUUGUCCUUUCUCUGAAUGAUUUCCCAAACAAUUUGCAAUGGGACCACAGAUUUUGUUUAUUUUCAAAUUUUCUGUGUUUUUACAAACUUUUGUAUAUAUGAUGCUAUUAGAAUAACAAGUCCAAACUUUCGUACAGUCUGUGAUAUUGAAUGCUAAGUGUAAGUCUUUAUAGUGAGAUAUGAGAAUCAAAUGUUGCAGAUGACAACGCAUUGAUGCUACCGUGGUGAUGUACAUAUGUCCUUGUUGUACAAGUUUACAAUAUCCGAAGUCAGUUGUUGACAAUUGAAGUCACAGAAUUUUCCUGCUUUUCCCCAAAUGAAGUUUGGAAUCCCCCAACAUUGUUUCAGAAUUGUUUAUUAAGAAUUGUGGAUAAGAUUCAACCCACCUUGAAAGUCUCAGUACAAUCAUCAGCUGAAGAUCAUCCUUGAUUAUCUGCGGUAUUAUGUCUCUGUUCUGGUAUGAUAGAUGUUUCAUACCCACUGGCCACUUAGCUUUGUUUUGAGUUUGGUUCUAAUAAUUGCAUGUUCCUUCGUGAUUGAAAUAGCUUAAUUGAACACCUUUGUUCAAUUCCCAACACGCUUAUAGUGUGUGAAGCCGAUUUCUGGUAUCCCCCACCAUGAUAUUCCAAGAGUAUUGCUAAAUCCACAGACAAACCAUACUCGCUCACUGCAAAUCUAUGGUGACGGAUGGGUAUACGGUUUUCAGGGCUUGACAUUCACCCAAAUUCCCGAACAAGACCACAGGACCAGUAACUUUUAAAAAUCACUGGUCCUUACAGAUUCUUACAGGCCCUGCUAAGGGACUCUUAUUGACAGCCUUAAAUAUCUACUAGACCGUCAGGAUAGCACUUAUCAAAGUUGCACUGGUCCUGUCAAUAUUUUACUAGACCCGGCCAGUGGGAUAGCAUGAAUGUCGAGCCCUGGGUUUUUGUCAUAAUAGAAAUGAGAGAUAAUAACCUGCAUAGUCGAGGAUGUCUGAAGUUUUGGGGAAGCAAUAAUCGGUAAUAAAUUAUACAUGUACACUGAUGAAAUAAUAUUUUUGUAAGACUGUUCCAUUUGAUGUGUACAUAUAAUUGUAAACAGUCCUGUUCUUUAUGUGUUUGUACCAUGUAUUUAUUCCUGAGAGUUCAAUGUAGGAUGAAUGACACCUGGGUGACCGCCAUGUUCUCAGCCUGGAGGACGACAGGGCACAGUUGGAAGCAAGGGCUCAUGGGAGACUGGAAUGGUAGUGUCUGGCAUACAGACCCUGAAACAAAUAUAUCCAGUACAGCCCAUGCAAGUCUAUAACAUAUGGCUAAUCUAGAUUACAUUUAAGAUCAUUCCUAAUGUACUUGAAUUACUAGAGUUGAUUUAUAUCGUAUUAAACAUAUUUUUUGGGUUCACAGUAGGCACAUUGCAUUAUCACAAUUUAGUUUUCUAUUGUUAAAGGUAUUGUGAAGGCAUAGAAGAUCAAGCUUUAGGGAGUGUCAUUACUUGGUAUUCACAGAUCGUUUCAUGAUAAUACUUCUGUCAGCACAUCACAGCGUCACAAACAUAUGCCCAGAAUACUACCUGAAGUAACGGGGGUUAGAUCAACCAGGUUGAUAUGCAUAUGUAGCUGGAUAGUGCGAUCCUAUGUUCGUAUCCCUGGUAGUAAUAAUAAUAAGUACAUUUGUAAUGUGCUAAACUCCAUACACUAGGUGAAUGCUAACGAGCUGAAAUCACAAUUUGAUUAUUAUUACCCCAGAUAACCCAAGCUGUGAGGCGCUAGAAGGUUAAUAGUCACAUGACUUAUUCACCAGGUACCCAUUUUCUGUUGGGUGAACAGAGGCAAUUUUUUAACAAACUCACUUGCCUAAGGUGAGACCAC